AUGCUCCAAAGCCUACAGUCAGCAAAGACAUCUUACCUUCAGGAGCAACUUGGCUUUCCAUCAGUGCUACUGGAAGAGCCUGAGUUUGUACUGGAGUCCAAAAUCAAACCUGGCAGACUACAAGGGUCAACGACAAGUGAAAAAGAAUAUGACAUAGCUGCUCAAUAUCCAGAGACAUUAAAAGAUGUUGUGGAUUUCCUCAAAGCAGCCAUUGGCAGACAGAGGAGGUCCUCUGAGCAGGACGAUGGCUCCCAGAGACGGAAGGAGUGGAACAGAUCAAGGGAAACAGCAAAGACAGGCGGCGGGCGAAAGAGGCGCAGAAGGAAGGGGAGACAGGGACAACCUGGAAGGGGUCGCAGGAAAAAAGGAAGGCAGCAUGAGCUUGCCAUGGGAUUGGGGCACGGAUGUCAGCUGAAACAGAUCCACCUGAAGGUGAUGGACCUGGGUCUAGGCUAUCGGACACAAGAGGAGCUGAUCUUCAAGUACUGUAGCGGCCCCUGUGUUGAUGCAGAGACCAACUAUGACAAGAUCCUGAACACUCUCAUCCGCAACAAGAAGCUGGACCAGGACGUGCCUUCCCGAACCUGCUGCCGCCCCAUCGCCUUUGAUGAUGACCUUUCCUUCCUGGACGACAGCCUGGUGUAUCACGUUCUCAAGAAGCAUUCCGCCAAGAGGUGUGGCUGUGUCUGA